CCUUGCAAUAAACAAAAAGAAAACGACACUAACUUGUUAUCACUCGUCACUUAAAUUCCAUUGAAUCGGUACAUACAAAGUCUACCUGCAUUCCUAAUCUUUAUAUAGGUUAAUCAUCGUUUGGGGCGCCUUCGCUUUUGCCUAACCGUUGUUAUGACACAUUUCCAGUAGGUAUUUUGCUCUUAUCGGAAAACGGGCGGGCUACUCACCUUUCGCCUUAAAAACGAUAAAAAGUUUCUUAAGCCAUUCAACCCGAGAUAAUGUUGCAUCCAACACCCAAGUAGGUAAGAUAAAUGCAAAACGGUGCAUUUGUUUUUUGCUUCCCCCUUUUUUCGCUUUCUUAUCGGCCGAGCUGGUUCUUUUCAAUUAUAAAGAUAAAAAACAACAUGAUUCACAAUUUAUUCAGACAACGGAAGCACUACUAGCAGCCGCUUUGAAACUGAAAAAGGGUAGGUUGGAAUCAUGUAACUAAUAUAAUUAAUAAUUUGCCGUCGUCGACGGUGAAAGUAAAACGCAUCGAUUACUGGAGCUUACCGUACACAAGUUUACAAGACUUUGAUGCAAAUUCAAGUGUCCUCUUGUGGGAAGUAACCUCUACAGGUGCAGUUAACCCCCUGUUUUUCGCGAACAAAUGAGAUUGCACUGAUUUUAGGUAGACAUUUUUAAGUGUUUGUGCGGUGUAGUUGGUUAACGCUGGUUUACGGAAUCGAUUGUUGGGGUUUCAAAUCCCGUAAAAUUCAGUAAUUUUUUUGUUUUCUAUUUUAAAGUUUUAUUUGUAGCUACAUUUCUGUAGCCGAGAGGUUCAACUGUAAAAACUCGAUACAGUCGAGUUCCCCGUUCCGUUAUCAGCGAAACGAUUCGUUCUACUGUUGUUGAUGAUUACUGUUUGUUGGGUUGGGUCAUUCGGGGAGACUCGAAAGUGUGUGUGUUCGCCUUUUUAUGUUUGAACAUGCCUUAUCUGGUCGCACAUUCCUCCUUUGAACCGUCUUUUUUUGCCUUCUUAUGCUUGUUAUGCUUCACUUUGACGAAACUGUAUGGCAGUUGCAGCGAUACUCAAUCGAAAGUGGCCGAUGUGUGUUUAAUCGUCGUCUGUAGACUUUAGGUUGUGGUUUUUCCUCAGAUUUGCGCAGAGAGUGUGACGAAAAAAAACUGUGUUAGUGGAAGAUAACUUCAAGCAAAUAUGGAACAAUUUUCAAAACUAUGAUGAAGUGAUAUAAGUGACCUUAUCAGUGGAUUACAAAUGAAGAAGCCGCAUUUUGGAAAGGAUCCGGCAAAACGCUCAAGUAUCCCAUAAAUGCUCCUGUGUCUGUUUGUGUUCCUGUGGAAGAUCCUGAGAAACAUGUCAACAAUCUCGGCAACCAUCCAGCAGGAGCAACAGCUGGAACUGCUCCGGCUUCAGUUGCUGGAACAUCAGCGGCGCAAACUGCGCCAUCUACAGAAAAUGCAACAGCAACAACAAACUCAAAGAACACAGCAGUGUAAUCAGAAUGUUGAUGUGAAACAGAAUCAACAAAUUCAUUAUCAAAAACUACGAAAACUAUGUCGCGAUAAGCAGUCGGUGAAGGAAAACUUUCUGCUGCACAAGUUUCUGUUCGGUGGAGCUGGAAUAAGUGUGAACGACGUCGAUCCUUUGAUGGAGGAACAACAAAUUAGUGGCAUUGUGACCAGGAUUCAUGGUGGAAAAAUUGGUGCUACAACUGUUGAUAAAACCAUGAAUGGCAACGGUAACGAUAAAGACGGUAAAUUUCUUCGUAUGUCAGAGCACCCAAACAUCGAAAGUGCCGAGAAGCCAGCCAGCAAGUUUGUGUUGUCGCAUCCUCAGAAUCACCAUCAGUACCUCUUGAGUCCUCAUCCAUCGCCGGUCCACCGGAGUAGCGGUAGUCAUCGACGGCAACCUCUGCAGCUAGCGGCCAGUCACAACACAAACUUUUGGACCUCGGGCAACAACCAACCAGGGAACGGAAAUGGGCUUCUACUUCCCGGAAACGGAACGGGUCCGACGGCAGGAGACGCAGUAUCAGGUCCGCAGCUUCCGCUAAACGAGAACAAUCUUAAAUCCAACGUACAGAUUGUUCUGGACAACAUCAAUCGGAAUUACUAUGCCCUGCGGGAGCAACUCGUACUAAACAAUCAAAACGGAAAUAACAAUAACAACAACGUCAUCAACAACAAACUACUACAGCAACGUUUAAGCGGUAAACAGCAACAACAACAACAGUCCACCAUCAACGGUCCGAAAAUGGCCAGUCCCGAUUCCGACACCAACUGUAACCCGUACUGUCCGGCGCCGCCCCUGAGCUGUUCGAUUGCGUCCUCCCAGGACUUUAGCCAUGACUAUUCGGACUACCAGUGGUUCAUGGAUUAUGGAAGUUAUCGGGAUGGUGUCACCCAUCAGAGCAUCCUGUCGGCGCUCUCGGCUUCGUACAACGGCAUCGGGGAGCUAUCGUACUACGAGGAUCUGGCCAAGAACAUCGACGCCAACCUGGCCGAGGUCGACAUGGAAAACUUUCGCACCGAGGACAUCCAUUCGCUGUUGACCACCUUGCCGUCGCUGUGCAACGAAAGUGCCGAGCUGCGAAGCCGCAACCGGAACAAUAACCGGGAUGAGCUGGUGUUGCCGGGAUUGUGCUUGGGUGGUGGCGAUGCGACUGGUGGAGGAGUGGGACUUGGAGGUGUCGGAGGCCCAGAGAUGGACAAUUCGAUCUGCAAAUCGGAACUGCUGUUCUCGCCUGUGAGGGAGUCGCACAUCAGCGUCGACUCGCUGGACAUGGACGGGUAUCCGGACGAGGAGGAUAUCAUACUGACGUGUCAGGCGAACAAGAACAACUACACGAUUGCGUUCGAGCAGAGUGUGCUGUACUCGGAUGAGAGUUACUACGAUGGUCCCGAGAAUUACGGCAAGCACAAACAGAUGAAUCUGUUGCAAAAUCUAGACUAUAUCAUACGUAAGAAGGCUCAGGACACGGCAAUGUCCGCGUCUGAAGUUGGAUACACCACUUGGAGCAAACUGAGAAAGAAUGGACCAGCUCAAAGGCUCUCAUUGGCGACGACAAAUCCUUUGAUAAACCAGAUUUCCCGACAUGCCCCUACCUGUUUCGUUCGGAAGAGUUUGAGUAUGCCUGAUCUUAAGGAGAAAUGCUUAUCGGUGGCCCCAGGUGGAAACAUCGAAAGAGAUCAUUCGGCAAGAGCUAACCAGCUGAAUGUGUCUCAGGCGGCUCACAGCACGGCUUCGGGUGAUUCCUACGGGAAGCAGAUGAGAACUCUUCUUCCGAUGUUCCCCGUUCCGGCUGAUUUCGGACGCGACAGUCCAGCUGCCCCGGGAGACUGUAGUUCAGAUAACAACGAAGAACCAUCGGCUCAACAACCCUCCUUCAAUCUGGUCAAACUCUUCAUAAAGCAGAAGAGCAGCUCGACGGACACCUGCAUGGACGUGUCGUCCGGGUGUUGGCCGAGCGAUUCCACCAACAGUGCUUCCGGUGGGGAAAACAACAACAGUAACACCAACCUGGCGGCGGCGAUGGGGAACCAAGGAACCGGUUCGAAGGACCGCUGCCGGAAGAAGAGCAUGAACGAUUCGGGCAAAUGUUCGACCGUGCUCGGUCGGCACGAAGAGGAGGAAUUCCAGUUCGACAGUCUGGACGCACAAAUCAACAACAAUAACAACAAUAACGGAUCGGCGGAGGAGCGGGCCAAGUUAAACGAUUUCAACUCUCCGGCCCACAAGCGAAACUACAAGGCAUUCAACCUGAAUAUCGCCAACAAAAAUUUGCCGGCCGUGAAUCCGGUAGUGUACAAUCUGAUGAAUAACAACAACAACAGUAACAGCGGAAGUGGGGGAGCUUUUAAUAACAAUAACAACAACAACAGCAGCGGAAGUAGCAGUAUUAACAAUAAUAAUAAUAACCAUAGCUUUAAGGAUACCAAUUCGGAUGCUAGUCGUACGUCGGAGAAUCUGACGCAAAUUUUUAACAACAGUGGCAAUAAUAACAAUAUCGGAAGUGGUGGUGGAGGAUCCAAAACGAAGGUCCCGAUCGAGAUGAUUACCAAAUCCAUGCAGACGUCAUUUAUCGGGACGAAGGAAAAGGUUCGCGUGAUACCGCCCUCGUUCCUGGAGCGGCUGAACAAGCUAGGUGACAAGCAGAAAGCACCGGUCUUCGUGGUCUACCCCAACUAUGUGCUGCCGGAUUUGGGUUUCCUCAAUACUCAGCACGAUGACGAUGUGCACAUCUCUCCGAUGGCCUUCAAAGAUAGUACCGGUGGCCAACGGAGCUCCAACCUGAGGAAACCGCGUCCCGUUUCGAUGAACGACAUCGAGAACCUCCGAGCCAAGGCCGGCUAUAAGCACGUGCUAGAUUGGAAGUCGCUGGUGACGCUGCUGCCAGUCGAGUAUCGGAAGUUGCUGCGAAACAUUCCAGAAGCUGUGGCACACAGUACGGCGGAAGACGGCGCCCCGCAGAAACCUCUAUUCUGUAUGACUCCUCCGCUGAGACGAAAUCGAGGCGUUACCUGUGAUUGUAUGAAUAUUUUUAACACUCAAACGUAUAACAGUUCCAGUUCGGGUGGCAGUUCUAGUCAACCUCCGAGUUCGGGAUAUCGUGGAUCGUCUACGAUGCUCACAGACUCGGAGAUGGACCUUCUGGGUCCAAACGCGGGAAGUGGUGGCUUCAACAACAACUUGUACGUCUACCAGUACGACAGCCCUGCGGAAGUAGCUUCUGCGGAGAGACCACCAUCAGGUCGUGCACCUCCAAAAGGAAUUCUCCGGAGAACCACAAGCUUACAGAAACCACCAGCAAAGGCCAAACGAAACAGUAUGUUUGAAGAGAAUCAUAAAGUAAAUCAAAACGUCGAAAAGCGGAGAUCUCUCCAGGAGCCAUGUUACAACUUUGCGACUGAAGAAAACUUCAUCUUGGAGGAUUCCAUCAAUGAACUACCGGAGCUCGGUAUUAGAAAAGUCAACAACUCCCCGACCAUGUCGCAGCACCACCCCGCGCGUCUUCCCAAUACUCCAAAGCUACCCUCAGCGGACGAUUACCAUCGUUUGAACAAAUUGAACGAACUGAACGAUAUUGAACUGAACAAAGCUGUAAGUAGCAAACUGAACCGGGCUCAGCAGCAGCAAAACGUCGAAGACGAUCUCGAGGCCCGAAUCCGAGCGGAACACUUCCUCUCUAACGUGCCCAAAUCCGAACUGAAGCAUUACGCAGAAAUUGCCCAUAUCCUAGAAACCACCACGGCCGAAAUGGCCAACGGUCAAUCGGAGGAUUCCUAUGACCGAUCCCGACUCCGACACGAAGUCAGCAGGGCCCUCUCUCAGCGUAAAAACGUAUCCUUCAAUCAACAACCUUCGGCAACGGCUGCCGCCGCCAUCAACACCACACCUGUCCGGCAACAGCACCAGCAACUGCUUCGACCAACCGAGAUCAAAUUCUCAACGCCUCCAAACUCGCCCAACAUGUCCGUUACCCAUGGCAGCGGCAAACAGAAACCUCCAGCAAAACCGACAGGUCAAUCUCCGUCGAGUACCGAGCGUGAAAAACAGGACAAAAUCCAAUCCAAUCGCUUCAAGCGUUUGCAAAUUCAAUGGGAACUUCUCAGCAAGGAAAACCAACUGCAACAGAACCAGGUCACCACACCUACUGGGGCGAUGAAGUCCCGCAUCCCUCGACCGGUCAGCUACCCCACUACUCGAGCCAACUCGGACCCGAUGGUGAGCAAAACUUUGCUCAAGUCUCCAAGUCGGAUUGUGCCCCCAAAACGGUACCAUACCGGGUCGGCGGCUAACGUGGCCACGAUGGCUUCGUCGCCGGUUACGACACCACCGACGCCUGCUCCCCGGACGCCGAGCAAGUUGCUGCACACUACACCGAAGAAGAGUGCUAGCGCCGGAUCGGUGGCAUCAGGGGCAGCGGGAGGAGCGGGUGCAGGAAUGCCGAGACCGGCAACUCGCACACGAUUACCACUAGGUCAGACUGAUCCCAGCCCGAAGGCGACUUCUGUUGCUGGUGGAAAGUUGAAACCGGCAACUCCAUCGUCGAAAAUUCCAUCGGCAGCAGUUCGAACUCCAGUCAAACAACAUCAACAAUCGACUUCGACGCCCGCCAACCGUAAGUUUGCCACCCCAACUUCGAUCAGCAAACUACGUCGAUCUGCGGCCGUUUCGGUGGGAAAAGCACUGUCCACGUAACCUUCUGUACGGAAGCAACCGGCUUGGAAGCCGUAAGUAGUCAAGUUUGCGCUUUUGAGCUUUGAAGCUUGCUCGUUGCUGUGCUCUCUAGGAAACAAAAAGCCAAUCUUGAAGAAAAACAUCACUCAACAUCCCACAACCCUUCAGAGUUCUGUAUAGUAGAAUUAAAUAGGCGAAAGAGUUGCCGAGAAAAAGAGUAGAGCUAGUAGGUUUAAGGUGAGGUUUCCCCUUUUCUAACCAGAGAAAAAAGUAUGAUCCUCGAAUAUUACUAGUUUCCAAGCUAAAAAUGUUACUGUCCCUUUAGGUAAUAAGAAAUUCAAAAAAUGAUAAACUGUACACAAAACAAGAAUAUUUUUGUAAAAAUCACACGACUAAACUGAGAAAGUUUAAGUUUAGAUGGUAGUAGAAGAGAUGUAGAAAGGGGAAACCGAAGCAGAAAAAGUUGUAAAAUAGUAGGCAAACCACAACAAGAAGUAGGAAAUUCGUAUUAUACACAUCUUCGAGAGGAAAAUUUAAUACUUAUACCUGUGUAGGAAUUUCCAACUCAGCAAAAGGAUUUCUCACGGUCGCCUAAGAAAUUCUAACAAGUAGAUGUGAAAAACUUCGUUAGCUUCGCUGCGUGCGCUUGCGCAUGCCUGUGUGUGUCUUGAUCGCUUUCUAACAUGAACAAUAGGAGCGUAUUUGGCGCUAAGGUUGCUCAUGUUUUUUUUGUUUUUAACUAUUCCAAACAAUUACCUACUCUAUAGCAUAAGAUAGCAGACGCCAUCAACAUCUAUACUCACUAGCACUAGCACACAACCAACAACAGUGUUGAUAACCAUUGUUUGAUUGCUAAAGCCAACACUAUCAUAUACUUAUAGAUUAAUAUAAAUAUUUAAAGUGAAAGAGAUAGCCAUUACUAGCAUAUGUACAUGUAUAGGCAAAAACAGAAAGCAAAAAGUUGUUAAUUCCAGCCGGUCUCGGUCGUGGAGUAGUAGACGGCUAACAUAAUAAAUACAUACAUAUAAGAGAGUAAAGCUUCCAUCCUCUCCAUUACACUUGCUAAAACACACAUCUACUAUUUGAAGAGCAAAAGUACAUAUAAAGAACACAAAUCAAAUCAAAUCAAAUAACACAUCAGAGUCAGUGAGUAUAAUCUCUUAUAAAAACAGGCAAAAACAAAAAAUAAACUAAAACAAACAACAUCCCAAGCUAAGUCAUUAGGUCGUAAGAAGAAAUCAUUUUAGUGCAUAUUGCAUUAUACAUAUAUUGGCGCAACACAAAGACACACAUGUAAUAAAAUUUUCAUCCUCACUCACACGUGUCGCUCUUUUCGGAGAAAAUGUUAUUCAACACACAUCAGAGGCACCCCAAGCUCACAUCAUUCAUUACUUCGUUUUAAUUUGAUUUUUUUUAGAGAGAUCAAUCAAUUUAGACUCCUUCUACCUUUACUAGUUUAUAGUACAUAAGUUUUUCGUAUUUUUUUUUAAUGUGCGUGAGUUUGAGUUAGUCGGUUGUUGUUCUAAACUUUAAAUAACACUUGUAUCUAAUUAAAAUCGAUUCCAAAAUUUGAAAACAAAAUAGGAUGAAAAAUCAGUUCUGAAGAAAAUGGUUUGGAAGAUUUUUUCCUUCUAAAAAGACUAAUACUUUCAAAUCACCAAUUUAAGUAUGCUCCCAUUUGAGAUGAUCAAAUUGAUACCCAGUAGUACUUUUUUUGGCGUUCACCUCUAAGAGAGGAAAAAUUUGUUCAAACACAGUUUCUUGGCUGAAGUUUUCUCACUUAUUUUUCAAAAAUUUCGAAUCGUUAGUUGAAAAGUUUUUGUUGUUUUUCCUAGAACGAUUUCCAAUUUACGAUACAGAUCGAAGUCUAACGAAACGAUGUUACUGUAUUUUAACAUUAAUUUUACAAAUUGAGAACUGUGGAGCGUGUUCAAUCUUUCUUAUUUGUGUUAGUUAGCUCAUAAAAACUGUUUCCUAAACUAACUUAAAACGAAUAUUCCACGAUACUGCUUUAGUAGGAACUCGAUAACGAGGUUGAUUCGAAUAAAUCUGUAUUGACAGCAACGAAAAUGUGAUUCGCUUCUCAAAUAUAAUUCGAACACGAGCUUAAUCCGUACUUCAUAGUUUUUAACUAAGUUUAAUCUUUAAAAUAAAAGCAUAAAUCGAACUGAGGGAAUUUGUUAAGUAUAUUAAUUGAAUUGAAAGAGCCUCUUUUGUAGCAUUUUGCAUUGACACGAAUCUGACAACAAACUCAAGCUAUGAUAAAUUUCAAUUUUGUUGUCAAUAGCUUCAGAUACUCACCACCAGAUGUGGUUGUCAGUUGAUGACUCAACAACGACCAUUUGCAAAAACUCACUCGAACUCGAAACGACGCACGACAAAUCCGAUUAGAAAAACUCAAAAUAUGGUGCCAUAAAACUUCUUUAAAAUUCUAUUUGAAUGUUUUUUUUUGUUUUCAAGUUCAAUUUUCCGUUUCUUUGGGUUUUCAUCUUUUGUUUUCGAACGAUUUUUAUUGAAUUUUUCCGAAGCCGAAUUAUGAAAAAAAAAUUAAGUUAAAAGUUAAAAUCAAUCAUCAAACAUCAUACGCUUAACAAAAGAGUUGGUUGGAAAUGAAAAAGAAUCGCUUUCAUCGUUAGAAUUAAGUAACGAACAGUCUUGCUUAAAAGAAAGGAAUGCGCGCGUGUUUUUUUAAUGUGAGUGUUAUUAUAGUGAGAUUUCAUUUCAGUAGUAGUUGCUUGAAUUUUCCUUCAAAUGCUAUAAGGAUCAGUUGUGAAACAAAAGAAAACUAGAAGAAACGAUUAAUUGAAGCUUAAUAAAAACAAACAACCAAUUUCGAACGAAUUUAUACAACUUCCAAACCAUCGCCGAUUGAUGAUAAAAAUUUUAGUUUCCAAUAAAAGUUUGAGAGAAAAACACGUUAGAAUAACUGUGAGACACAACGCCAUCUAUUAGUGAAACCUCAACAGUUCAUCAAUCAUUUUUUAAAUUUCAGUGAAUAAAAUCAUCUUCAUUGCAACAACAUGGACAAGAAAAAAAAUUAUACUCAUCAAACUUUCGGUUUCAAUAAAUCUAGACUGUAAGAGAUUCCGGUCCAAGUCUUCAACUAAUAAAACAAAUAAACAAUUUCAACUAAAGCCACUAAAAACCAAAGUUAAAUUGUUUCCGGCAGUAGUUUUGUUUUUGAUUUUUUUUUUGAAUAAUAAACUAAUCCGUUAAACAGAUAAACAAUAAGACAACAACUGUGCGUUGGUCAGAUGGUGUUGUAUAACUUAAAAUGUGUUAUUUCUUUUAGGUAUCUACACUUUUGAAGAAAAAAAUUGGUAAAAAAUUUAAAAGGACAAUAUUCAACCAGUCGCACAUUCUCUGCAAAUCUUUUUUUGGGCGAAAUAGCUUACCUAUCAAAAUCAACAGAAAAAUUAUUACUGAUGAAUGAUGUGUGUGAAUCCAGAAUGAUUCAUUAGGAUUGAGGGCUCGUAUUUAAAAGCAAGAAAAAAUAUUAAAAACACAAAGUAAUACACUCACAUGUUUGAAAAAAAAAAAUGAAAUCUAUGAGCAUUGAAACACCACCGCUUUUUUCCAAAUUAUUUUUCUCGAAUUCAAUUUUUAAAUUUGCGCUUCUGAAAAGUAUUUAUUAUCAUUUUUUUUUUGUUUUCAUAUUUCGCAAAAGUGCGUUAGGGGAGAAAAAUUGAAAAAAGAUAUUCAAGAAAAUAAAACAAAAAUCAUUUAAAUUAUAUAUUGUAUGUAUAUUUAAAGGAACAUAUUAUAUAUUACAUAUACACCUGGAAGAAAUGAAAAAAAACUAAUAAAAUCCAUUAACUAAAAACACAACAAACGCUGCGGUUUAUAUAGUCAAAAGAGAAAGGAAGCGUGGAUACCGUGGAAUUGCAAAAGAAAAGAAACAACAGACAAAACGUGUUGCGUUAACAGAACAACGGUUAAUAUACCCGCGGUAUCAAUAUGAAUGACUCACCGCCCCUUCGGUAUGUAUUGGGGCAGGAUUAAAACCAACAAUAAAAGAACAAAACAAAAAUCUGAUAUUAUUGUCUAGA